AUGUCGUUCGAUCAGUUAUCCUCGUUGGAAUCCGGCAGCGCAAGCGGUCGCCGCGGGAACAAUGGCGCAUUCUCCGACGACCCGGAAUUCUCUCGUCUAUCGCAGGGCUUGAUGAACAAGCUGUUCCACCUGCAGGGCAACAUCUCGAAGCUCAGGUCAGACAUCAGCCUACUCGGGACCAAGCGAGACAAUCCCCGAUUGCGAGAGCGCGUUCAUACCGUGCUCGAGGAGUCCACGGAGCAGUUCAAGGAGGUCGGCGAGGGAAUCAAGAAGGUCCAGACCUGGGAAGACGUUACGCCCACACAGAAGUAUUCCCAACAGAAGCUGUCGCGCGAAUUCAAGUCCGCCCUCAGCGAAUUCCAGUACCUCCAACGUGAGGCCCUCGAGAAACAACGGGCGUCCGUCACCGCUGCCAGAGCAGCGCUCGACCCCAACUCGCCCGGCGAAGUAGGCGCAAGCGGGUAUGAGGGCGAACAGUUGCAGCUGCAACUGCAAGAACAGGAACAAAUCCAUCUGGCCCCCCAGGACGAGGUAGAUUUCCAAGACGCACUGAUCACGGAACGCGAGGAAGAAAUCCGCCAGAUCGAGGAGGGCGUCGGCGAUCUAAACGUGCUCUUCCAGCAAGUGGCACAGAUUGUCAACGAGCAAGGCGAGACCCUCCAGACUAUUGAGGACAAUGCAGUCAACGUUCGCGAAGAUACCAGGGGUGCCGACGUUGAGCUGAGGAGUGCGGCGCGGUAUCAGAAGAACGCACGCAGCAAGGCCUGCUGUCUGUUACUGGUCUUGGCAGUCAUCAUGACGAUCGUUCUGUUGGCCGUGUUCUUGGGAUGA